AUGUUUCGAGAUAUCUUGGUGUCGUCCAUCAUUUUUCUGGCCCUUUGCCCUUUGGUGCUGCUCUCCGGCAUUUCUGAAUUCAUAUGUCCAACUUUCAGCAUCCACCACCUAAUUAUUUAUAGGCAACCAGGGCAUACGGAUCGUGAAAAUUUGGACUUCGACCCGAUCUUGAUCCGCAUGUGUUUCGAAGAGGAGGAUUCGGAGGAGGGACUUGACCACGAGAAAACGACAAUGCCACCGACGUUUGUCCAAGCUCCGUGCCAGGCUCCAAAGGCCGUAGGCCACAUGUGGUGCCAGUAG